AUGCUAUUUUACUGUACUGUACAUGUAGCACGUCUUCGUUGUAAAAUUCCGAUAACAGCAUCUGCUUGGAACCGCACGAAACCCACAAUUACAACAAUUUCUAGCGAUAGAUUUUUAGCCUUGUCAGGGAGCGUUCGGAACCUCUUUCACCUUACAAGCUGGUUUAAUGCCGUAAUAGUAGUAGCAGUGGUAGCAGCAGCAUUAUAUAAUGCAAGUUUAAUAACGCCAAUGAGUAUUUUGAUGACAAGACUUAGCAGCUCUUUUCAACGCCCCUUGUGCAGGACUAUCAGCUAUCAGAUUUCUAAUAAAGUUCAUAGUAUUUUGGAUAGCAAUUUGGAUACUUUAUUAUUCAGUGAUAUCCAAGCAGCAAUAAGGAUGACACACAAUCGACCCAAGAAAUGA